CUUCCUCAUUGGGAGUGUCGGUCGCAAAGUGCUCCUCAGACUGUGCAGGGACGUUUUGUGUUAGAAAGUAACAUCCAGGCGUCUGUCUUCGGUUUAUUCGCGAGUCUCAUAAAUGUCGAAGCCUCCUCCCAAACCGGCCAAGCCAGGCCAGGUCAAGGUGUUCAGAGCGUUGUUCACCUUCGACCCCAGAACACCAGAUGAGCUGUAUUUCGAAGAGGGAGACAUCUUGUACAUUUCUGACACAAGUGACUCUAAUUGGUGGAAGGGGACCUGUCGAGGAAGGUCGGGACUAAUUCCGAGCAACUAUGUGGCUGAGCAAGCGGAGUCUAUCGACAAUCCAAUGCACGAAGCAGCCAAGCGAGGUAAUCUGAGCUGGCUGAGGGAAUGUGUGGACAACAAGGUGGGAAUUAACGGCCUGGAUAAAGCUGGGAACACCGCCCUCUACUGGGGAUGUCAUGGAGGACAUAGAGGUAACUGGAAAACGGACUUCUGUACGAUUUGCACGGGCUCCUGUUGUGAUACGUCUGCGUUUGUUUCUCCAUCAGAUGUGGUGGAAGUUUUGCUAAGCCAGCCGAACGUGGAGCUCAACCAGCAGAAUAAACUUGGAGACACCGCGCUGCACGCUGCCGCCUGGAAAGGUUAUUCUGACAUUGUGGAAAUGCUGCUUAACAAGAAUGCGAGGACGGACAUCAGAAACAACGAGAACAAGCUCGCUCUGGAGAUGGCCACCAACGCCCAGUGUGCCUCACUCCUCAAGCGGAAGCUGGGAAGCAAUAUCACCCGCACGCACAGCAACGCCGAAGAGUAUCUGGACGACUCGGACUCGGACUGAGCCGGCCCCCGUCGGACCAUCGAGGUUGAGAAGUGAUUGUGGAGCCUGGAGAGUUUCAUUACAGACCCAAAGUGAAUUUGCUCUAACGGUAACUCCAUUUGAGUCCGGUUGUUUUUGUCCAAACCUCAUUCCUCGU